CGCCACAAAUACUUUUUAGCCGCGGAGCCAGUAAGACGUGUUCACUCCCCAGCCCGAAGACAGUUUCCAGAUCUCUGGAAGCGUUCUCUCUUGAGUCUGCGACACACGAACACACACACACGUUUUAAGUUCUUCGACGAAAUAAGAUAAACCGAAUCCCCCAUCCCGAUAUAUUGUUUGUGUUUUUAAAUAAGUUCUCGUAAAAAGUUCUUUAUGAAAAAUGCAAAAGAAUUGAAAGCAACAAAACAUGCAAAAAAACUAAUGCACAUAAAAUAACCAACUCUGAGUGAAAUCCAAAAAGAAAACUGCACAAAAAAUGCAAAAGUUUCUAAUAUUCAAAAUCUUGCACAAGAAAUACAAAAUAAAUUGAGUGAAAAUCGCCAAAAGAAAAACGAGCAAAAUAACAACCAAAACGAACGAAGAACAAUAACAAAGGGUCAGCCAACAAAAAAAAAGAAACGGACAGCAGGAAGAGGAAAGAAGAGCCAGGCAAAAGCAGAAAGCGCAGGACACCCAUCCCCACCUUCCCCAAAAAUUCUCAGACUCACACACACACACGGACAAUGGCCGUGCCCUUUUAUCUGCCUGAGGGCGGAGCCGAUGACAUUGCCGCGUCGGGCGCCUCGGGCUCCUCUUCGGGGGCAUCCUCAUCGGGUGCCUCCACCUCAUCGGCAGGUUCCUCGGACGGCGCCAGCAGCAUUGCCUCACAGUCUCCCAACACCACCACUUCGGCCACGCAGACGCCGAUGCAGUCGCCACUGCCCACGGACCAGGUGCUCUACGCCCUCUGCGAGUGGGUGCGCCUCUAUCACAGCCACAGCCAACAGAACAACAGCGCCCCGCAGAUAUUCCAGUAUCCACCGCCACCGAGUCCCUCCUGCAACUAUACGGGCGGCGAUGUCUUCUUCCCCCAUGGGCCACCGACAGUGCCGCCGCGGACACCGCACACCAGCGGCAGCUAUGCCGCCGGCGAGGAGUACAACUUCUUCCGGCAGCAGACACAGCCGCCAUAUCCGGCGCCGUCCACGCCGCAGCCAAUGCCACCGCAGCCGCCGCAGUCGGCGCCACCGAUGCACUACAGCCACAGCUUCCCGCAGCAGUCGCCGCACUUGCUGCAGCACCAUCAUCCCGCCUCCGUUUACGGCAUGGGCCAGCAGCAUCAGCCGGGUCCCGGCUCCUACUAUGCCACCUACACGCCACCCCCCACACCGAACACGGCCAAUGCCGGCACCUCGACCUCAUCGGCGGCCUUCGGCUGGCACAGCCAUGGCCCCCAGCUGGCAUCGACGCCACUGUCGGCGCCAAUGGGCUCCAAGAUGCGGCUGCAGCGCAGCCAGUCGGAUGCAGCCAGACGCAAGCGAUUGACCUCGACGGGCGAGGAUGAGCGCGAGUAUCAGAGCGAUCAUGAGACCAGCUGGGAUGAUGAGUACGAUGAUCGCUAUGACAAUUUUACGGCCGGACGGGAGCGUCUGCAGGAGUUCAACGGACGUAUACCACCACGAAAGAAGAAGAACGGUCAUAACUGCAGCGCCAGCAGCAGCAGCAACAGCAACAACAACAAUCCAAUCAGCCAAAAUAAUUUCCAACUCCAUUCAUCGAAUGCAGAGUGCAGCAGCAGCAACAGUGCCAGCCACAGCCACAGCCACAGCAACAACAGCAGCAGCAGCAGCAACACUCAAAGAGAGCGAGAGCGUGAGCGGCUGAUGCGAGCGGAGGCUGAGAAGAAGAAACCACAGAGCUUCACCUGGCCAACCGUUGUGACCGUCUUCGUGCUGGCCAUGGGCUGUGGCUUCUUUGCGGCGCGAUGAACCAUCUGGGGAUGCGUGAAUAUGUGUAAACGAAUGAUCUAUAGUGAAAUCAGCUAGUAUUUAGGCUAUCUAAAUCGAUCUAUGCCUAGAUGUAGCGAAACCGUAACUUAAGUGCAACGAAUUUAUUGAAAGCAGAAAGUCAUUAAUUCGUAAACCGAUUGUUAAAUAUACAUAAAUUCAUACAUACAUAAUACAUAAAUUAAGAGGGUUGACGGGACACAAGAACAAUAUAUAUUCAAUCUGUUUAGGGUAAACUUUUGCAUUUGUACAUUUGUAUCUCCAGAAACAGGAACAGAAAUUUCCUCCAAAACUGCUCAAAAUAAACUCGAAAACUCUCAGACUGGCAAACAAGUGACUAAGAAUUUAGAGCAUAUUUUUUAUUGCGAGUACAUAGACACAUGUAUUUUUGUACAACUUUUUGAACACUUAACUAUAACACACAAAUUAUACAAGUACAAACGAAAAAAGGAAAAACCGACAAUUCUUGAGAUACACUUUCGAUACGAUUUUUCGUUUUUGCAUUUAGUUAUCUGAUAUUCCACCUGCAUUUUCUUCCAACCCGAAGCAAUUUCAAUGUCUUCGCUUUUGUGAUUUCGAAUCGCAAGAAAAAUGAAUUAUACAUAAAUAUAUUUUAAAUAUUUGUUUAACUAGUAGAAAUUUAUAAGCAUAAGCAAAAAGAUCACACGCCGCCUAGCUUUAAUUGUUAAAAAACAAACGCAGAGAAAAAGAUCAUAAAAAAAAACACCAACAGCAAUGUUUAAGUUAGUUCUUUUUUAUUUGUAUAUAGUUUUUAUGCCAUUUUUGUGAUGUUUUGUGUCUACGGUUUAUGUCAUGUUAUUUUAGUUAAAUUUCGUAUGAUUUAUGUUUUUUUUUUUGUCAUUUGUUCAUCAUUGUCUUCAAAUUGGUCUCACAAUUUAGUUACUUAAGCUCCACCAGAGUCCGGUAAAUGUCCAGCUCAAGGGGAAAUGUCCUCUGAAAAACGGCCAUGUCCAUUCUCUAACAAUCUUUUUUGGACACACACACACACACGCACACAAAUGAUCUCUCCCAAAAUGGAAAUUAAUGGAAAUUGAUCUCCUACGAUAGCCAAAGUAAAAGAAAAGAAAAAAAAGGAAAUCAAAUGAAAGAGAAGAAUCGGGCCAACCAUUUUCAGAGGUUAGUCUUCCGCUUUUGCUGGCAUUUUCCGGGCUAGUUUCAAUGCUAAUUGAAUACACAACGUGAACAUAAAAGCGAAAAUAGUGAAAAAAAAAAUCAAAAGAAAAGUAAAAACAAUUCCCAAAAAUCGCAUUGAUCUCAUGGAUUUAUACAAUACACAGUUUUUACAAUGAGAAAAGAAAUAUAAUACAAAAUAAGAGAAGAA